AUGUGGCAGAACGCCGGCAUUGUCGACAGGUCGGCGUGCAUAUCGAUUGCGAAGACGGACACCGAGGCCCCAUCAACGAUUUGGCGACGGAAAAGAACGGCGCAACCGAACAACGUGAUCGAACGAUGCGAGACGACGCGAUCAAGCGAUGUGACCGAAGCCAUUGGCGCUGCUCCUGAUGCUGUCCGCAUGCAGCGUGUCGUGAGCUUCUACGAGAAGUUGCCCCGUGGCCCGGCCCCCGAGGUCAAGGCCAAGGGCCUCCUCGGCCGCUACCAGGCCAAGCACUUCGGCAAGAACCCCACGGUCAAGCGUACGUGA